UAAUUAAACCCUUUCCAUCUCUAAAAACAAAAACAAAACCAGAACCUCUCUCACCACUGUUUCUCUAAAAAAGCUGCGCUAAUAAAUAAUCUUACAGCCGAUCACCUCCUGCUGCAGCUGCAGGUUUCCGUCUGCAGGUAAAUUUUAUCAUCCUUGAAUUCUAAUUCCUGGUGCCUUUUACAAGGGUUGAGGUAUCUAAAACAUUGGUUCCAGCAAUAUAGUACAUGUCCACAAUGGAUCUGAAUCGUAAAGGUAUAUCCUGGGUUGGAAAUUUUUUCCAGAAGCUUGAAGCUGUGUGCCAAGAGGUGGAUGAUAUUGUGAGCAAGGAUACAGUUAAAUAUGUUGAAAACCAGUUGCAAAAUAUGGGUGGAAAUGUGAAAAAGUUCUAUUCCGAUGUUGUCCAAGAUGCAUUAGUGGAUUCUGUAAAGCGUGAAGCUCAAGCUGUGGCUUUGAAAAGUAAUGCUGCUAUUGGCACCUAUUUGAAGUCAAUGAUGGGUGAUGAAAAAAAGCAGGAAGUUACUGCCAUAAUGCAAUCAAAUGUGCAGCCCGAAGCAGUUGAUCUUGUGACAAAACAGCUGCCAGAUGCAUUAAAUGGGUCUCACCUUAAAAGUCUAACUCCUCCAACUUCUGUAGAUUCUCUUGAGGAGGCAGUGACAGACAAAACUCUCCAAAAGGUUGAUGAUGUUCCAACAAGAGAAAAUCCAAAUGAGAGCACUGAAGAAAAUGCAAUAGAGGAGUCUGCACCUGAGGUGUUGGAAUUAAAUUCUCCAGGUGAUGAAGAAUCCUCUGAAGCUUUAUUUUCUGGUGAGUUUAAUGUUGAUAAUCAUGAAAAUGCAAUAGAGGAGUCUGCACCUGAGGUGUUGGAGUUAAUUUCUCCAGGUGAUGAAGAAUCCUCUGAAAAUUUAUUUUCUGGUAAGUUUAAUGAUGAUAAUCAUGAAAAUGCAUUUGGAGUUCUGGCUGAGGUUUCACCAGCAUCUUCAUUGCAUAGUGUGGAUUUCCAAUCUUGCCCAAAAAUGGGAACAGUUUGUGAUAGCCUUGUAGAUGUCACUGAGGUUGUUUCUGAUGUUUCAAGUGUUCUUACUUAUUCUGAAACAUCCUUUUCAGUUGUAUAUGGUGAGAAAAUAAUACAAGAGAUGAGGUCUUUAUCUGCCUGCAGUUCCCUGUUAGCAGAAUCUUUUAGUCUGUCCGGAAAAUCACCUGACAACUCCCUGGAUGCAUUAUCUUGUAAUUAUUCUGGCGAUUGUGUUUGUGAUAAUUCCAGUAAGCUCCCCUCUUCUCCACCAGCUCCAAUUAUCUCCUGUAAGAAUAAGUCAGUCGAGUCAGGACUUGGUUCCUCCAGCAGUAUACUAUCAUUGGAAUCCAUUGAAGAAGACACUUCCAGAAUUAAGGAAAUUUUGUCUCUGAAUGAAUCAUCUGAAUCUGCUCUAGCUUGGGGUUUAUCCAUUCUGACUGGCCUUUUACACCAUAUUUGGUUGCAUAGAAGGGGAGGGAAGUGAAGAGAAGAGCUUGAGGAAAGGGAAAUUGAAAAAAGAAAGGGGAAAUUACUCAAAAAAAAAGAAAAGAAAAGAAAGGGGAAAGAAAAUAUUUCUCAGCGUGCUUGGAUGUAGAGGGAAAGAGAAAGGGAAGGAAAAUUACUAAAUUAUAAAUUAUCAAUUAAUUAUGAAGAUGUAAAAAUUAUUUCAUAAAAAGUCAAAAUUUUUCAAGGGCAUAAGAGUAAUUUUAUGGUUUAGUAAAUAGUAAAAAAUUGGUAGGACCCAUAGAAACCCGUUCUCUCCGCAUUUCCUUUCUUUCCUCCCUUUCAUUUUAACCAAACAAAGGAGAAUGGAUCCCUUCUCUUCCCUUCUCUCCCCUUUCGUCCAAAAAGAAAAAAAUAAUAAUAAUAAUGUUAGUGUUGGAUGUUAUCUAGAAUGUUUACAUCAUGGGGUAAAAAAAUCCUUUUUUACUUGGACAUGGUCCUAUGCAUUCUGUUUCAUAGUCAAUUAAAUUUAAUGUUGAAGACUACAGCAGUUGAUGUAUCAUACACCUUUGGUACCAGAAGGAAUGGUCGUCAUUCUGUGUGGUUGAAUAUAAUUGUAGCUAGUCUGAUUCUCAUGAUAUUUUUGUUUCUGACAUAAUGACUGGAGUGCCCUUCGGACUGCAUUAGCAAG